AUGUUAAACCAGAUUGAUUUCUUUUUUUUUGAUGAAAUAUCUUAUGAUGGUUUAUCAGCAACAGAUGAUGCAUUUGAACGAUAUUUUGAUCAUUUUUAUUCAAUAUUUCAAUAUGAAAGUCGUGAACAAAAAUAUUUUGCUAUUUCGGGUGUUAUUGCUUUAUAUCGUCAGAAUGAUGUUGAAUAUCUUAAAGUAUAAUAUCGUUUAGAACAAGUCAUAGUGUUUUUUAUUUUCUUAAAGUUACAAUUCUGUUUAAUUUCAGUUAGAUAUCGAUAUGCUUGAGUCCUAUGUAGAUGAUAAGCGUACUGCAAUUAUGAAACACACACAAAAUCAUUCAAUAUUAUCAUCAUCAUUUCGUAUAGUACUCAAUUAUUGGCCCUUGUUAAACCAUUUAUAAAUGAAUUAGAACCAAAUCUUAUCCUCAUUGGUGAUAGUCAUCAUGUAUGGAAAUUUAAUUAACAAUAAAUUAAAAAGAAUACAUAUAUACGUGUACAUGUCUAGUUUUAUAUAUAUUUAUAUGAUCGAAUUAAUAUGACAACUAGUAUCUUAGCACGAUAAUAUUUGCCACAACCAAUUGUUUCAAUAGAUAUUAAUCAAAACCGUUUUAUUUCUGAUACAUCAGUACCAACAUAUUCAUAUCGAAUGGGUGUUAUUUGAAUUGGAUAUAUUGUCCUUUAACUUGAUAGUGGUAUGAUUUAAUCAUAUAUAUAAUAAAAAUAAAAUACUUUAUUUCUUUCUAAUAUUUAUUUAGUUACUAAAACGGCUCAUUUAACUAUUCUUCCAACACCAAGACGAUAUAUAAGCCAGUUCGUGUAAGCCACGACCUAACUUGCUCAAUCGAGGUCAUUCGAUUGAGCAGGUCCUGUGG